GGGCCCAGAGCCUCAGCAUCCUGCUCUCCUGGGUCGAUGCCUCACAUUCGUCGUUCAUUUAUGGCCACAAUGCCCUCUACAACGUCUGGCUGACGUGCGAGGCAGCUGUGCCGAGAUCCAGCCAUGGCAGUGCUAGCAGUGCUGCAGCCUCUACGCAAACGCCUCGUCGCCGGUGCAACAGUGGUCACGAUUGCCGUCCUGCUGCGGCCAAAGCUCCAGCGCUGGUGGCGCCGGCGGCGCUGGGCCCGCGAACAAGACCGCCUCGCGACGCUGGUCUCGUUCGACGACGCGCCGGCCGUCGCCGCGCUCGUGAGCAGGCUCGACGCGUCUGAGCCGUGCGUCGUCGCCGGCGUCGCAUUGGUCGAGGACCGGCGGAGGGCCGUCGCCGUGGCCAUCGCCAUUGAGUUGCCGUCGAUGAAGCGCAUCGACGGCGCCGUCGUGCCGGUCGCGACGAGUCUACCUUACGAGCCCGGAUAUGUUGGGUUUCGCGCGGCACCGUUCCUGGCGCGAGCGCUCGGCGCGCUGAAGGUGGACGUCGCCGUCGCGUUGGUGCGCGGCCACGGCUUCCUCCACCCGCGCAAAUUUGGGGUGGCGUGCCACGCGGGCCUCGUCGCCGGCGUGCCGACCUGCGGCGUCGCGGACUCACUGCUCCGCGUCGACGGCGUCGACGAGGCGGCAAUCGUCUCACGAGCCCGCGCGUCGCUGCAGCUCGGCGAAGCCCUACCCAUCGUCGGCGCCUCGGGCAUCGUGUGGGGCGCGGCGCUCCGGGCGACAGUUGAACCGAAUUUCCGGCCGACGUACGUGUCGGCCGGGCCCGGCGUCUCGCUGGCGACGGCCGUCAAACUGGCCGUCGCGUGCCGACGGUACCGCGUGCCCGAGCCCGUGCGGCUCGCGGAGCUCGAGGGACGCGUGGCGUUGCGCGAGCGCGUCGUGGACUAA